AAUUAGGGUGUGAGUGUGAUGAGGAGUGAGGACUAGUAGCGUAUAUUAUGAGAGCAGUCCUCGUAGUUUCCGCAGCGGGGUGGAGACAGCUGCAACUCCGUUAAUAACAACACUCAAACCUUCAAUCGCAAACGCAAUUCAGUCGCCAACAUGUCACUCUCACUCUCACUCUCACUCUCGCACUCCCUCCACCUCUUCACCCCUCCGCCCGCCGCCAUUCCCACCCGCCUCCACCUGCCGCCCCCGAGCCUCUCGCUCGCUCGCCGCUUCCCCAGCCUCCGCGCCUCGGUGCUGGUGUCCGACAACAACGGCGCCCCCGCCCCGCCCUCCGAUCCCUCCUCCAUCGAGGUGGACGCCGUGACGGAGGCGGAGCUGAAGGAGAACGGGUUCCGCAGCACGCGGCGGACGAAGCUGGUGUGCACAGUGGGGCCGGCGACGUGCGGGUUCGAGCAGCUGGAGGCCCUGGCCGUCGGAGGCAUGAACGUGGCCCGACUCAACAUGUGCCAUGGCACCAGGGACUGGCACAAGACCGUCAUCGACCGCGUCCGCCGCCUCAACCACGAGAAGGGCUUCGCCGUCGCCAUCAUGAUGGACACCGAAGGCAGCGAGAUUCACAUGGGUGACCUCGGUGGCGCUUCCUCCGCCAAAGCCGAUGACGGUGAGAUCUGGACCUUCAGUGUUAGGGCCUUCGAUUCGCCUCUCCCUCAACGCACCAUCAAUGUCAAUUAUGAAGGCUUCGCUGAAGAUGUGAAAGUGGGGGAUGAGCUUUUGGUGGAUGGAGGGAUGGUUAGGUUUGAGGUCAUUCAGAAAAUUGGACCGGAUGUCAAGUGCAGGUGUACUGAUCCUGGCUUGUUGCUGCCCAGGGCCAAUCUCACAUUCUGGAGGAAUGGUAGCUUAGUGCGAGAGAGGAAUGCUAUGCUUCCUACAAUUUCUUCCAAGGAUUGGUUAGACAUUGAUUUUGGUAUUGCUGAGGGUGUUGAUUUUAUUGCAAUUUCAUUUGUCAAGUCUGCUGAGGUUAUUACUCAUCUUAAAAGCUAUAUUGCUGCACGAUCUCGUGAUAGUGACAUUUCUGUCAUUGCAAAGAUAGAAAGUAUUGACUCAUUGAAGAACUUAGAGGAGAUCAUUCAAGCAGCAGAUGGGGCUAUGGUGGCACGAGGAGACUUGGGAGCUCAAAUACCUUUAGAACAGGUUCCAUCUGCUCAACAAAGGAUUGUUCAACUUUGCAGGCAAUUGAACAAGCCUGUCAUUGUUGCCUCUCAGCUACUUGAAUCCAUGAUUGAGUACCCUACACCUACAAGAGCUGAAGUUGCAGAUGUUUCUGAAGCAGUUAGGCAAAGAGCUGAUGCUUUGAUGCUUUCUGGUGAAUCAGCCAUGGGCCAGUACCCUGAGAAGGCUUUAACUGUUUUAAGGAGUGUCAGUUUGAGAAUUGAGAGAUGGUGGAGGGAACAGAAACGCUAUGAAGCUAUGUUGCUCCCAUCAGUUGGGUCUUAUUUUUCAGAAAAAAUAUCUGAAGAAAUCUGCAGUUCAGCUGCUAAAAUGGCCAAUAAUUUAGAGGUGGAUGCGCUUUUUGUGUACACAAAGACAGGGUACAUGGCAUCUCUAUUGUCACGUUGCCGUCCUGACUGCCCAAUCUUUGCUUUUACUACCACUCCAUCGGUGCGUAGGCGUCUGAAUCUCCAGUGGGGCUUGAUACCUUUCCGCCUGAGCUUCUCAGAUGAUAUGGAGAGCAAUCUUAAUAGAACAUUUUCAUUGCUUAAGGCCAGAAAUCUGAUCAAAUCAGGUGACCUUGUCAUUGCUGUCUCAGAUAUGUUGCAGUCAAUACAAGUGAUGAAUGUUCCUUGAGAACAUGUUUCAUUUCUACCGAAAGCCAACAUUGCCGGUUGUUCAAAACUGGAGAUGCUGCCACAGUGCUUAAAUUGGGGCCGAGACUGCGUGAAUGAAUUCUGUCGUUCUGUCACUUUAAUCUAAAGGACGCAACUAAAGUUUGGGAGUUUAUGUUAUCGCCGUGAAGUUCUUUAUUUUAAUGCAUACUACUUGAAGCUCUAGGUAUCUUUUUUUCCUAUCGAGUGAGGCAAUAUAGAGUGCAAUAGUAACCCUUUUAAGUUGUAAGGCACAUCUUCAUUUUGUGUUGUUUUAUAUCAUUGUAUUAGCUUGCUACUUCAAUAUUGACUAAAACGUAAGUUUCAAUAAAGAUCCCACAGUAGUCGCCAAUAAUUAUGGAACCGUGUUAGAUAGGCUCAA